CUGUAUGUUAGCAGACGCCCUGCAGGUGUAUGCGCGCCUCUGCCACAGCCAACAACCCUCCACAGUUCACUAUGACCUUAACCCCAUGGGUAGUGACAGCUGGACAGGAUGUCAUCCUGCAAACAGUUGAAACAAUCGACCUUGAGUCUGACUCCAUAACCUACUCUCUUAAAACGGCACCCUCUGGUGUCAGUGUCGACACACUAACAGGCAACCUGACAUGGAGUAGUGCACCUUACGACAUUGAAAAUCUGCCGGCGAUAACGUUGCUGGCGAGCGACGGUCAAACAGCCAGCCUGACCCUCCUACCUGUACUACUGUGCACCUGUCAGCAGCCUUCUAAUGUCAACGGCGUCUGUGAAGGCUGGCUGGUGUACCCGUGGGUCGGGGCACAGAGCCUGUGCGCUAACCACUACAAAGGCUGCUACGACUGGCGGUACGGGAAAACUGCAACCAGUGCCACCUACAGGCGUCAACCAGUGUCCGUGCUCACUAGGUGUCGCUACCACUGA